AUGUCUCUCUUUAGAUCUCAACUGCCAGACAAUAGAGAGGCAGCUUUCGAGCUGCAACCUUUGAAGUUCGACUCUUCCGAUGCCGCCAACUCUUCAUCUUCAAACGAUCUUGAUAUCAUCCGCGGAAGACAACACGUUCACCAAGCUACCAGACCUCCCAGCUUAGAUAUUACAGAGGGGCAGAGUUCGAGAAUCGAGAUCUCCUCCCUCGAGGCCCCGAUUCCCAUCAAACCACGAAGCGUGUCUCAAAGCUUGAUAACAGUCUCCAGAGCGCUUCCUGGAACUCCGCAGUCAACUAAAGCCCUCGGCAUUAUUAGAUGCCCGGCUCCUGGCAACAGUGCACAAACCAGUGCUAAAUUCGCUCUCUCUAAAGUGCUAGAAAAAGACAAGACCAUGACUCAGAUUACUCAAUCUGAGUCUGAGGCUUUAUGGGGGUACCCCCAAUACCCGCUGCCGGCACUUGCUGUGGCUUACCAACAGCCCUAUGCCUCACAACCUCCUUUCCCCGGGCCACCUGGGCAGCACUUCCAACCGCAAUAUUCACCAUCUCAACAAUAUCCAGCACCUCAGACAUUUUCUCCCGGAUUUCAGCAGCCUGGGCAAGGCUUUCCUGGAGGCCCGCCUCAACUAUUUGGAGCUUCACCUCCACCUGGACCAUAUAUUCCGUAUUUCGGCCCAGAAUCACAUACUCCACCCGCGCAUGGCACUCUACCCAACUUCCUCUGGCCGUUCACUCUACCACGUUCACUCGUGAGACAAACAUCACGGACUUCAUUUGGAGCCCCCGUCGUUCCCCCAUAUCAGAUGCAGCAAUUACACCAAGGUCAACCAACCUCAUUCCAAGGUCAGCAAAGCAACUGGCAAGGCUCCAUGGAAUCUCAAGCACGACGUGCCAGUUUGAAGGGAAAGCACAACCAUAAGCUUAUCCUCAGGAGAUCUAAAGGACAACGGAAUGUCCGCGAUCACGGUUCACACCGCGACCAAGAUGCAGGUUCCAUGUGUUACAAACCGUAUGAGGAACACGCGCAGAUGGGAGCACCCUCUCAGUAUGCGCCGCCACAGGGGGUGCUCCCCAUCCCCCAUCCGACAGACUACAUCCUCUAUUUCCUACCCUCCACCCAUCACUCCCAACAAAUACCCGGUGGAGUGAUGGGCGGCUCUUUCGCACAAAUUCGACUUCUCGACAAUUUCGUCAGUCUAGUAUCGCCGAGGUUUCUGAUUCAGAUCAGUAUUGGGGUUCCCAAAAUCAAGCGAGAGCUCUCAAUCUGUCAAUCCUUCAAGAGAUAG